GUCUGGCGUCCGUCUGGAACAAACAAGACAUCAGGUAGAUAGGUAGGUAAGGACCAGAGGUCAUAUUAAUAAGAGAAGUAAGGCUUUUUGAUCUAUUCAUGAUCCUCGCCCGGGCCCUGCCGCCAUAACAGCCACUGUUCGGGUGUUUACGGCAGACCUUCCUUCUUCCAUUCUUGAGGCCUUCAGCUGGAUUCCUCCCAUGGGCAACAAAAAGUGGGUCGUCGCACCACUAUCGUGCCAUCUAGUCUUGUGCCACACCACACAGGCUGGAAUCAUCAGCACACUUUGGACUUGUCUGGUGCCAACAUGGACUUAUGCCUGGAACGAGAUGCUGUUCUCAGUCCAUCUUGGCGAUGUAGCGGACAAUAUUUCGUGGGAGUGGGAGCCAAACAGAAAUAGAUUAAGAGCCUCUGUCUCCCGCUCUCAAUUCAGUACCUAGGUCUCACAGCAUCACAGCAUCACAGCAUCACAGCAUCACAGCAUCACCAAAGCUCAAAGACAACCAAAGACAAGUUACCUAUAUCAAGCAACUAAAACAUGCCCGCCUUUCGUCCAACUCCCCGCCUGUCGGCCGCUGCCCUUCCCAAUCCUUCUUCCCUCCCCAGAGCAGUUCCCAAGGGAGUAGCAGCCAAUGUUGUUGUUCCAGGCAUCGUGGUGGCGGCAUCAGUAUACGGCGUAAUCAGUUACAUCAAAAACCAACUGCAACAUGAGUCAUCCACCAUCGACAAGAUGUUUGCCCAAAAGAACACCCCCGCCGUGGAAGAAUCGAGACGGAGAAGUCUCUUGGUGGAUACGGAAGGCGACCCGAGGAGAACGCCCUACAACAUUCUGAAUUGGAAAUAGAGGAUGCGAGAUUGUUUUGCUUUUAGGGACUGGAAGUGGCGCUGGUUGAAUUUAGUCGGCAUAGGUAGCCUGUGGCAUUUUGGGUUUUGUGCAAAGGGAAGGUGGCCCAAAUAAUAUGAAUUUUCUACCUAUGACGAGGCCCAGCCAAGGUACGUUGCCCCGUCUUUCCAGAUUCCUGCCAAUCUCACUAAACCUCAAUGCCACCCAGAUCCCCCAGAUUUCUGGUUCUCGGCCGAUACUCCAAGCGCAGGCUCGGAUCAACCCCAAGACCAAAGCCCAGUGUUCUUGGCUUUGGGGCUGCAGCUCCCUCGGGUAGUCGCCAGUCAUAUCUCAGCAACAAGUGAACAAGCGCAAUCUUGACUUCAUUCCCCGCGAAAAAGCGCCCAGGACAAGCAUGCUGCCCGUGUCCAAAGCCCAUGUGCUCAGGGCUGGUGCUAACCAAUUGCGCAACAUGCUCGCUGCCUGGAACAGAUCGCAUCUUCAGAAACCGGUUGCCAUCCCACGAGUCAGCUCCAGGAUAAACAGCUGGAUCCCACAUGCGCUCUGCUGACACGGCAAUCGUGGCACCCUUGGGAAUGUAGGUGCCGUCUGACAAGGUGACAGGCGCUGUAGCCACACGACGCAUCGAGACAAGGCCGAUUGGCUUGAUCCGCUGGCUCUCUUUGAUCACGCUGUCCAAAAGCUUCAUGUUGUAAAGCGAGUUCUUGGUCCAGCC